CACGUCGGGCGCGCGGAUUCCUGCCGACGGAGCCAUGACGCGCGCCGGCUCCCCGGGCAGCGCGCCCUCGCCUCUCAGGCGCGCAAGUGCGAGCGAGUGAAGCGAGUGAGCGGGCGUGCGCGCGCGCGCGCGCGUCCAGGUGCGUCCAGAUGCAGAAGAGCGUGCGCUACAACGAGGGCCACGCCCUGCACCUGGCGCUGGCCGCCCGCAAGGAGGGCGCCAAGCGCGGCCCGGUCGGCAAACGCAGCUCGGAGAACGUCCGCUGGACGGAUAAGUUCUUCGCGCUCUACCAGAACCUGCUCUUCUACUUCGACAACGAGCAGAGCGCGCGGCCGUCCGGCAUGUACCUGCUGGAGGGAUGCACGUGCGAGCGCGCCCCCGCGCCCAAAGUGGCCUCCUCGCUCGGCGGCAGCAGGGACGCUCCCGAGAAGAUGCAGUACUACUUCCUGGUGAUGUUCGGCCACGAUGGGCAGAAGCCUCUCGAGCUUCGCACCGAGGAGGAAGCCGACUGCAAUGAGUGGGUGGACUGCAUCCAGCAGGCCAGCUACUCGGAUCUGCUCCUGGAGCGCGAGAUCCUGAUGCAGAAGUACAUCCACCUGGUCCAGAUCACGGAGACGGAGAAGGUCGCAGCCAAUCAGCUACGCGCGCAACUGGAGGACCAGGACAGCGAGAUUGAGAGGCUCAAGGCCGAGAUGGUGCUGCUCAACAGGACCAAAGAGCGCCUGCAGCCCGGCCAGAACCUCGUGGACGAAGAAGACCCCGACAUCAAAAAGAUCAAGAAGGUUCAGAGCUUCAUGCGCGGCUGGCUGUGCCGGAGGAAGUGGAAGCUGAUCGUCCAGGACUACAUCUGCUCGCCGCACGCCGAGAGCAUGCGCAAGCGCAACCACAUCGUCUUCAACAUGGUGGAGGCGGAGACGGAGUACGUCAACCAGCUGUCCGUGCUGGUCAACUGCUUCCUGCGCCCGCUGCGCAUGGCCGCCAGCUCCAAGAAGCCGCCCGUCAGCCACCACGACGUCAGCAGCAUCUUCCUCAACAGCGAGACCAUCAUGUUCCUGCACCAGAUCUUCCACCAGGGCCUGAAUGCUCGCAUGGCCAACUGGCCCACGCUGGUCCUGGCGGACCUCUUCGACAUCCUCCUGCCCAUGCUCAACAUCUACCAGGAGUUUGUGCGCAACCACCAGUACAGCCUUCAGGUCCUGGCCAACUGCAAGCAGAACCGAGACUUCGACAAGCUGCUCAAGCAGUACGAGGCCAACGCGGCGUGCGAGGGCCGCAUGCUGGAGACCUUCCUCACCUACCCCAUGUUCCAGAUCCCCCGCUACAUCGUCACUCUUCACGAGUUGCUGGCGCACACGCCGCACGAGCACGUGGAGAGGAACAGUUUGCAUUUCGCCAAGUCCAAACUGGAAGAACUCUCCAAGAUGAUGCACGACGAGGUGAGCGACACGGAGAACAUCCGCAAGAACCUGGCCAUCGAGAGGAUGAUUGUGGAGGGCUGCGACAUCCUGCUGGACACCAGCCAGACUUUUGUUCGACAAGGGUCGCUCAUCCAGCUGCCGUCCGGGAGCGAGCGCGGCGUGCUGAGCAAAGUGCGCCUGGGCUCGCGCAAGGAAGCUGAGCGCCAGUGCUUCCUCUUCACCAAACACUUCCUCGUCUGCACCAGGACGUCUGGAGGCAAGCUGCACUUGCUCAAGCAAGGAGGCACGCUGUCGCUGAUGGAGUGCACGCUGAUCGAGGACGUGGACGCCACCGACGACGACUACAACGCGGCGGGUCAGGGCUUCGGCCACUUGGAGUUCAAGCUGCUGGCGGAGCCUCCCGACGGCCAGAGCUUCUCGGUGGUUCUGCUCGCCCCGUCGCGCCAGGAGAAGGCGGCCUGGACCAGCGACAUCAGUCAGUGCAUCGACAACAUCCGCUGCAACGGGCUGAUGACCAGCGUCUUUGAGGAGAACUCCAAAGUGUCGGUGCCGCACAUGAUCAAGUCGGACGCCCGCCUGCACAAGGACGACGUGGACAUCUGCUUCAGCAAGACACUGAACUCGUGUAAAGUCCCGCAGAUCCGCUACGCCAGCGUGGAGCGGCUGCUGGAGCGCCUGACCGACCUGCGCUUCCUCUCCAUCGACUUCCUCAACACCUUCCUGCACACCUACAGGAUCUUCACCAGCGCCGCUGUGGUCAUCGGCAAACUGGCGCUCAUCUACCGCCAGCCCUUCACCUCCAUCCCCGUCAGGAUCCAGCAGCACUCGUGCGAUCGUCUGUCCGUCAUGUCUCUGUGUCCCGACUACACUCUGAAGAUCACCCAGUUGGCUCUGGAUCAGUCCAAGUCUCUGGAGCUGUUCUUUGCCAGCAACCAGGCCUCGUGGGGCGCGGAGCCCCUGAACAACAAAUCGCCGCGCCUGUGCCGCAAGUUCUCGUCCCCGCCGCCGCCGCCUUUGUCCCUCCCGUCGCGCACGUCCUCGCCCGUCCACUCCCGCAAAUUGUCACUCAGCUCGCCCGUGGGCCCCAAAAUUCCGGACCUUUGCUCCACGCCGUCGUCCUCGGCCGCCAGCUCCCCCACCUCCACGCACGGGCCGGGCCUCUUCUCCUCCUCCUCGUCGCCGCCUCACGCCGGCGGGCCCUGCAGGUCACGCUUCAGCUUUUCCUCGUCGUCGCCGCCGCCCACCGUCACCAAGGCCCCGCUGGAUCUCAGUCGAGGGCCCAGCUCGCCCGAGCUCAGCCCGGGCGGCGAGGAUGUCGGCGAGCUGCCUCGAAUCGACGCCCUCUGCGGGAAACUAAGGAGGAGCAUUCGCAGAGCCGUGCUGGAGUCGGUGUCUCUGGACAAGUUUAUUCCGGAAUCUCCCAGCACCGUCGGCAGCAACGAGUCUGGCGACGUGUCGCCGUGUCGCUCGCCGUCCACGCCGCGACACCUGCGCUACCACCGCCCGGGAGGAGCGUCCUCGGCCGAGAACUCUCGCUGCCCCGUGUCGCCGGCGUCGGCCUUCGCCAUCGCCACCGCCGCCGCCGGACACGCCGGCUCCCAAGCGUCGAGCGGCUCGGACAAGUCGUGCGACAAAGAGUUCAUCAUCCGUAGAGCCGCCACCAACCGAGUUCUCAACGUGCUGCGACACUGGGUCUCCAAACACGUGCAGGACUUUGAGAGCAACGGGGAGCUGAAGGUGGGCGUGGUCAGCCUCCUGGAGGAAGUGCUGCGGGACCCCGACCUUCUGCCUCAGGAGAGGAAAGCCGCCGGCAACAUUCUCAGCACCAUUUGUCUAGAAGAGCAAGACGACGCUCAGCUCAAGAUUGAGGACAUUCUGCAAAUGAAAAGUUCUCCUCUUCUUCACUUCAUUGCGGCAGAGAGUCCAAAAGCCGAGUGUUUGGAGUCCCUGUCUGCGAUGGAGCUGGCCGAGCAGAUCACGCUCCUGGACCACAUCGUCUUCAGGAGCAUUCCCUACGAGGAGUUCCUGGGUCAGGGCUGGAUGAAGGCGGACAAGACGGAGAAGACGCCCUUCAUCAUGAGAACCAGCCAGCACUUCAACGAGAUGAGCAACCUGGUGGCCUCGCGGAUCAUGACGCACGGCGACGCGGGCGCCCGGGCCGGCGCCAUCGAGAAGUGGCUGGCGGUGGCCGACAUCUGCCGCUGCCUGCACAACUACAACGGCGUGCUGGAGAUCACCUCGGCGCUCAACCGCAGCGCCGUCUACCGCCUCAAGAAGACCUGGGCCAAAGUCUCCAAGCAGACCAAGGCGCUGAUGGAUCGACUGCAGAGGACGGUCUCGUCCGAAGGCCGCUUCAAGAACCUCCGAGAGACGCUGAAAAACUGCAACCCGCCGUGCGUGCCCUACCUGGGCAUGUACCUCACCGACCUGGCCUUCAUCGAGGAGGCCACGCCCAACUUCACCGAGGAAGGCCUGGUCAACUUCUCCAAGAUGAGGAUGAUCUGUCACAUCAUCCGAGAGAUCCGGCAGUUCCAGCAGGCUCCUUACAGGAUCGAGCACCAGGCCAAGGUGACUCACUUCCUGCUGGACAAGACGCAAGUGAUGGAUGAAGACGCACUGUACGAGUUCUCGCUGAAGAUUGAGCCGCGCGUCCCGCCGGCCUAAGCUAAGCUAAGCUAAGCUAAGUGCCUGGCCUCCUGCCUUGUCCUACGCAGAGGCCAGGUUAAUCCCCGCUCAUUUGGAUCAGGUGAGGCUUCCGGGUCUCGUUGCCUAGCAACCGGCGCCCCUUUUCUCCACCCGUUUCCCGGCGUGCAGGCUGUGGCUCACGCUGUGACAUCACUUCCUGCGUGGAGUGAUCACACUGUGACAUGGCUUCCGCAGGGUCACUUUGCUUCAAAAGUGGAAGCACUAGAGGACACGGUGACAUCCAAAACAAUCAGACAUUAUUAUUUACGAUGAAUAUUUGAAUUGAAUGUUAGCUCCGUGUUAUAUUUAGCUUUCUCCUCUGGAGCGUAUUAGUCGAGCUUAACGCCUUUGCACUAUGUUGUCAUUUGAUAUCUCCGUAGUUUGACGUGCUGUAUUGAUGAGACGUAUGCUAUUUAUUUCGGGUUUUUUUGGGGGGGGGUUCAUAGUAGCGCCUCAUUUUUCUUUGUACCGGGUGUCCUUUUCCACUCAGCCUGUCACAAUAAAAGUCCUUGAAAAUA